AUGUCCGCGGAAAUGUCAGAAGACGAAGCCGGGCCGCUGUCGGUCAGCGACUGGCAGCUUCCUGAUGCCCCGUCGCCGGCUGACAGCAUCAAGUCGGACACGGAAAUCGACCCUUCGGAUCCCAGCGCGCCGUCACAGCCCAUCCAGAAGCGCCGUCGGGUGACGCGUGCCUGCGAUGAGUGCCGCCGCAAGAAGAUCAAGUGCGACGGCAAGCAGCCCUGCACGCACUGCUCCGUCUAUAGUUAUGAAUGCACAUACGACAAGCCCUCCAAUCGCAGGAGAAAUCCCGCACCGCAGUAUAUCGAGGCUCUCGAGAGCCGUCUUCAGCGCGCCGAGACGCUGCUGCGCAAGUUCAUGCCCGAUGUCGACCUCGCCGACCCGAAUCUCGAUCCCGCGAUCCAGCAAGAGUUCCACAACCGCGAGCAUGCUCGCGCAACGGCCGCCAAGAUGCGGGCCGUGACCGGCGAACUGGAUCCCAACGACGCGAAGCUCACGACCAUGAUUGACUCCAUCGGCCAGCUGGACCUCGACGACAAGGGCGGCUGGGACUUUCACGGAACGUCGUCCGGUGCCGUGUUCCUGAGAAGGAUGAAGGAUCACUUCCGCGGCAUGAUGGGACCGGCGUCCAAGGCCCCCUUUCUGCCACGCCCUGAGCGGCCGGCGGGCUUGGUUGCCCUCGACGAACCGUCCCCAGGCGGCACGCCCUUUUCGACCAUGUCACAAUAUCCGGAUCUGCCACCCAAGGACGUGACUCGCAAACUCUGCUACUACUCGCUGAGUUGCGCCACAUGUCUCGUCCGCAUCAUUCACGUCCCUUCGUUUUACGAACGGUUCGACCAAGUUUACGGCCGCCCGAUAGAGAGCCUCAACCAAGAGGAUACGCAUUUCAUGGGCCUGAUAUAUGCCGUCAUCGCGCUCGGCUGCAUGUACGACACUCUGGACGACGCAAAGCCUGAGAGCGGGGCGUACAAGGUGGCCAUCGACGAAGGACUCAAGUAUUACAAGGCCGCCAGGGCCCUGCUGCAAGACCUCGCCGAGUGUCGCGAUAUAGUAUCGUUGCAGGCGCUGCUCUUCAUGAUUCUCUUCCUACAGGCAACGUCCAACCUGAGCGCAUGCUACGCUUUUGUGGGCGUCGCUCUGCGGUCUGCCCUGCGCAUCGGCCUCCACCGGAACCUCCAGCAUGAGAAGAUUGGCGCCAUUGAGCAAGAAGUCCGAAAGAGAGUGUUUUAUGUGAUCCGACAAAUGGACAUUUACGUCUCCACCAUGCUCGGCUUCCCGCUGUUACUCAACAUUGACGAUGUCGAUCAGCCCUAUCCGAGCGAGAUUGAUGACGAAUACAUCACCAACUCGGGCAUCAUCCCUCCGCCUCCUGGGACGCCAUCUUUCUUCGAAGCCUUCAACGCGCAGACCCGUCUGAUGGAAGUCCUGGGCAAAAUCACCAAAUACGUCUACCCGUUGCACGGCCAGGGCCAACCGAUGCUCAAGGGAGACAAGCCUGUGCCCACAUACGUCAUUAGCUACGCCCGCAUCAAGGAGAUUGAGACGGACCUUCAGGGGUGGUUUGAGAGGCUUCCCGAGAUGUGGCGGCCGAGCCCCGACGGCCCCAUUGAAGUCGUCCGGGUCCGUCAUCUGCUUCGAUUUGCAUACGCACAUGUGCAGCUUGUGCUGUACCGGCCAUUCCUUCACUACAUUUCACCCCGCCUCAUUCAGGCAAACAAGGUAGACGAGCUAUCAUACGCAUGCGCCGCCGCCGCCAUCAGCGUGUCGCGCAACAUUGUCCACAUUGGCCUCGAGAUCCGGAAGCAGCGGGUGCUCAGCGGGCCGUAUUGGUUCAUGCUCUACACCGAAUUCUUCGCCGUCAUCUCACUCGUCUUCUACGUCCUGGAGAAUCCGGACAAGCCCGGUUCGGCCGAAGUGCUGGCUGAUGCUCGCGCGGGACGGCAGAUGAUUGCCGAUCUGGCGGACAAGAGCCUGUCGGCCGACCGGGUAACGAAAGCCCUCAAGCCUCUCUUCGACCAGUUGCCGGAACGACUGGACCAGGUGCGCUCACGCCCGAUACCGACGAAGAAGAGGUCGGCGGCAGCCGCCAAGUCUGGGUCCUCUGGUCAGCCCCAACGACCCAGCAUCAACGCCGGCAUGGUUCCGGGAGCGUCGGACUUUCUGCGGCAUCGCACGAGCAGCUUUGCGGGCGUGCCUUACACGGCGUCAACGGCACGAGGCUCGGUCGACAGCAUGGCUCAAGACCCGAGCUUCGAGUCGAGCUUCACGGCGAGCAUGCACGACAUUAUCCCCAUGGACCUGUCAUCGCGAGCGACGCCGGACUCGACGAGUACCGGGAGUUCGAACCGGCACCAGUUCCAGACGCCGACGCUGGGCGCGCAGGGCUUGCACAACCCGGUGAACAAGCUGGACUCGCUCAUGUUCCCGUCGGAGGACCCGUUUGCAUACCCCAACCAGCCGAUGAUGGAGCUCGGGUUCCAGCCAAAGGCGGACGGGCCGUCGGUGACGAUGGCGGCUCCGGGACCAGACCCGACGUUCUUCUUUGGCGGUGCGCUGGACGAUGUCGGCGAGCAGCUCCUGGGCCAGCCGCCGCCGUACAUGAUGCAGCAGCAACAGCAGCAACAACAGCAGCAGCAGCAGCAGCAUCAGAUGGGGCUCGCGGGGAACGCGUUCAACCCGCACGCCAUGCUCGCGAUGCACGCGCCGCAGCACCAGCCGCAGCCGGUGGUGCAGCAACAGCAGCGGCCUCCGGUGCAGCACCACAGCGGGGGCGGCGGGUUCUUCUCGAGCUUCCGGCGGGCGCGGGCAGACCGACAGCAGGAGCGGCAGAUCGAGCAAAUGUUUACGCAGCAGGGCAUGCAGCCCGACUGGGGGAGUUUCUUUGGUUCCGGACGGGGCGGAUUUCAAGGGAUGUGA